AUGAAUGAUAGGGAGGAGUUGCCGGCUGUUACACCAUCUGUAGACACAAUUGUCAAUGCUGAGUGGGAUGAUGGUAUUGAUAUGAGUUUGUAUCAAGAAUUUGCGACUAAGGAAGAGCUGAGGAAUUUAGUGGACGCAGGAGUGCAUUCGAAUUGUUUUGAGGUUGAUAUAAUCAAGACGAAUCGUACUGUUUAUGUAUUGAAAUGUCGUGGGGUUGGAUGCAGAUGGUAUUUACGAGCUGCAAGGCUGAAAAACUCAGCCUUUUUCAGUGUCAGAACGUAUAGAAAGAUGCAUACGUGUACUCGGGGAGAGGGAAGUGUAACCAAGAGGGGGAAAAGAGGAACACCAAGCUUGGUCGCAGGAGUGGUGCAUGAAGAUUAUCCAGGCCAAUACAAGACUCCAGAUCCAAAGUCUCUCAUAAAGUUGGUGAAGAACAAACUAGGUGUCACGGUUUCAUAUUCUACAGCUUUGAGAGGGAAACACAAAGCUGUCAGUGAUUUGCGUGGUAACCCUCAGGAGAGUUUUGCUAGACUUCCAUCUUACUUGUACAUGUUAGAAAGAAUGAAUCCUGGUACCAUCACAAGAUUAGUAGUGGAUGAGAAGAAGCAGUUUAAGUAUAUGUUCUUUGCGCUUAAAGCUUGCAUCGAAGGGUUUCAAGCAAUGAGGAAAGUGAUAAUAAUGGAUGGAACUCACCUGAAGGGUGUGUAUGGAGGAGUGCUUCUCAUUGCCACUGCUCAGGAUCCAGAUCAUCAUCAUUAUCCCCUCGCUUUUGCGGUAGUAGAUGGUGAGAAAAAUGCGAGCUGGGAGUGGUUUUUGACUAUACUGAAAACUUUGAUACCAGAUGAUCCUCAGCUUGUUUUUUGUACUGAUAGAAACCAAUGCAUCAUCAAGAAGGUGCACGAGGUGUACCCAAUGGCGAUCCAUGGAUAUUGCAUUUUUCACUUGUCUAAUAAUGUUGCCGGAGCAUGCAGCAAAGUUAACAAGAAAGGGGUUGCCAGAAAGUUUAGAAAAAUUGCUGGUAUGUACACAGAGGUCGAGUUCAGAAAAAGCUACAAUGAUUUCAGGAGAACGUUGCCUCAAGCCGCUGAGUAUCUAGAUGAGAGUGUUCAUGAGACCAAAUGGGCAAGAUGUCAAUUUCCGGGAGAAAGGUACAACAUAGAUACAACCAACACUGUUGAAUCAAUCAAUGGUGUUUUAAAGGAACCAAGGAAAUAUGCAUUGUUGCCAAUGCUUGAUGUGAUCAUUGGGAAGAUGGUAGAAUGGUUUAACAAAUAUCGUGAUUUAUCUUUACGCGUUCCAGAGAGACAGAUACUAAUUCCCUACGUGCAUGGGAUAUUGCAUCACAGUUAUCCGAAGGCAAAAAAGCUCACGGUGAUGGAGCUAAACAGAUUUGAACGUCAGUACACUGUGAUUGGCAAAGAUGGUCAAGGUUAUUAUGUUGAUUUAGGCAACGGAACAUGCCAGUGCAAGUGUUUUGAUAUUGAUCGGUAUCCUUGUGUGCAUGCACAGGCUGCGAUCAUCGCGCGUGGAGAAAUGUCUGAAGACUAUUGUUCUAAGUAUUAUUAUAUGGAGCAGUGGACUUUGGCAUAUUACAAGACAAUAUAUCCAGUGCCUCAUCAUUCAUUAUGGGAAAGUUAUGAAAUUCCAGAUGAAAUCCUAUCUCAGGUUGUCUACCCUCCGCAUGUGGAAAGAAAGAAAGGAAGACUACAAGAAACUAGAUUUCCAUCAGCUGGGGAAUAUCGGAGGAAGAAAAAGAAGAAGUAUCCACCAUUGGUGUGUGAGAAUGAUGGAAUUGACAGCGAUGAAAGUGGAAGCGAUGGAAUUGAUGAAUGA